GUAGCCCAGCCCCCUUGAUCUCCUUCGUCCACUGGUAUGUUUGGGGUGUCUCUCUCUCUCUCUCUCUCUUUUCCAUAGGUAGUCAAUAAUGAGUGUCCAUUGGUUUUUAUUAGGCUUGCCCCCCUGCCUCCCUCCCACAGGCCUGCUUCGCCCAGCCCAUGUUUUCUAUGUCCACCUCCUGACGUUCAAGUUCGCAGGAACGUCACGUCCGCACUUGAACUUGCAGCUCAGAGGGGGGUUUCGCCGUAUACCCCCAUCACUCUCUUUCUCUGUUUCUCUCUCUCUCCCUCUUUGGAGGAAAAAGUCAUGAAGAGCUCCACACAGCCCGUCGCGCGUUACGCAUCCCGCUCCGUCUGAUCCGCAGCUCUCCUUCUGCUUUUUGUCCCUCUUCUGCCUUCAUCCGGAUGACAGACGCAUCAAUGAAGAUUUUCUCAUUUGGAGUGUACCUCGAAGGGACGGAUUUCCCAAUGUGAACUCAGCUGAGAAGCCCCCGCCGAACCGACCAUGUCUCGCCGCAAGCAAGGCAAACCCCUGCACUUGAGCAAACGGGAGUUUUCGCCUGAGCCACCCUCAGGUGUUUUAGCCGAAGAAGACUCUCAGGACUCCCCCAGGCUGGGUGUGGCUGACGACGAGCCCCUGAAAGGGGAUCCAGACCUGCUCACCUGCGGCCAGUGCCACACCCGCUUCCCCCUGGCCGACAUCCUGCUGUUCAUCGAGCACAAACGGAGGCAGUGCCACGGCAGCCUCUGCUUGGACAAACCUCUGGACAGGCCGCCAUCCUCGCCGCUUGCCUCGCCCCUCUCCACGUCCUCGUCUCACUCUCGAAGCCAGCAGCAGCAGCACCCACGGAGAGCGCGUCACCCAGUGGAGGUGGCCAUACAGGUGUCGUCUCUGGAAGAGGAUUGCUUAUCUGCGCCCUUGCAAGGAAUAAUCCCCAAGCAGGAGAAUGUCACAGAUAAAGAUGAGCCCAGCAGUUACACCUGCACCACAUGCAAGCAGCCCUUCACCAGUGCCUGGUUCCUGCUCCAGCAUGCCCAGAACACUCACGGCUUCCGCAUUUAUCUGGAGAGUGAACCUGGCAGCCCUCUCACCCCACGUGUAGCUGCCGCUCCUGGGAUGGGGGGUGACUGCGCCUCCUCUCAGCCGCCCCUCCACGCGGUUCACUUGGCUGACGGCAGCCCUUACAGCCUCUUAAGGAUGCCGGGAUCAGGGUCUGGCCGGGAUUCAGCAUCCACGCCACGCGAGGGCCGUUACCCCCGCACCCCUCCGCUCUUCAGCCCACCGCCACGCCACCAUCUCAGCCCGGAUGAUCUUGCCCUGGCAACCCACCAUCCUAGCGCCUUUGACAGAGUGAUGAGACUGAAUUCAGUGCCAUUAGAACCCCCUCAGAGCAUGGACUUCUCUAGACGUCUGAGGGAGCUUGCUGGGAAUGCCACAGGAGGUUCUCCGCCUCUCUCCCCUAACAGACCUAACCCUAUGCAACGGCUGCUCCAGCCAUUCCAGCCAGGUUCUAAGCCUCCAUUUACAGCUACGCCUCCCUUAUCCACCUCUCAGUCCCCGUCUGGUUCACGCUCCACCCCUAAUCCUGUAUCAAAUGCAGCUCAGCCAGGCACUCCUCUCAAGGCAAAGUCUUGUGAGUUCUGCGGUAAGACCUUCAAGUUCCAGAGUAACCUUAUCGUUCACCGGCGAAGUCACACAGGGGAAAAGCCAUUCAAGUGUCACCUCUGCAACCAUGCCUGCACACAGGCCAGCAAGCUAAAGCGCCACAUGAAGACGCAUUGUCAGAACAAGUCGUCGGCACUCAAUGCCAAGUCAGACGAUGGCCUCUCGACUGCCAGUUCGCCUGAACCUGGUACAAGCGACAUACUAGGCAGUGCCACUGAUGCACUCAAGUCAGUGGUGGCUAAGUUCAAGACUGAGAACAAUGGAAUUAUGCCUGAAAAUGAAGAAGAGGAGGAGGAGGAAGACGAAGAGGAGGAGGAGGAAGACGAGGAAGAAGAGGAGGAGGAAGAAGAGGAGGAAGGCGAUGAGGAGGAAAUCGAUAGCAACGCUAGAGUUGAAGAAGGGGGAAGGAAUAACUAUCGCUUCAGCCUGCGGCUGGAAGGGGCCCGCCACCACCAGAACAGCGAUGCUCUACACCCGCAUCACCGGAGCUUGUCUAGAGAGCACGGUGAUGAUGACUCGGCUGUUGAGUUAGACCGUGCAGAUGAUGCAUCAACCACUGCCAUGAACGGGCUGGGACCACUAUCCAACGACAGCCUCUCUAGAAAGCUACUGGGCGGUGGGAUCAGUCCUGACUCACUGAGCCCUCUAUCCAAACGCAUCAAGGUGGAAAAAGACCUUGACCCACCUACACCAACCAUCCCAAACACAGAGAACGUUUAUUCUCAAUGGCUAGCUGGCUACGCCGCCUCCCGACAACUCAAGGACCCCUUCAUCAGUUUUACAGGUGGGGACUCCAGACAAUCACCCUUUACCUCCUCAUCUGAGCACUCAUCAGAAAACGGCAGCUUGCGCUACUCCACCCCACCCGGUGAACUCGAUGGGGAACGGGCCCCUUCAGGACGGAGCGGCACGGGCAGCGGCGCCAGCACUCCACACGGCGGCAGCGGAAACGGGCGGCCGAGCUCCAAGGACGGCCGCCGCAGCGACACCUGUGAAUUUUGCGGCAAGGUGUUCAAGAACUGCAGCAACCUGACAGUGCACCGACGCAGCCACACUGGAGAGCGGCCGUACAAGUGCGAGCUGUGCAGCUACGCAUGUGCCCAGAGCUCAAAACUCACCCGCCACAUGAAGACCCAUGGACAGAUGGGCAAGGACGUGUACAAAUGUGAAAUUUGCCACAUGCCUUUCAGUGUGUACAGCACUCUAGAAAAACACAUGAAGAAGUGGCACAGUGACCGCCCUCUGGCUAAUGACAUUAAAACUGAAUAGGCAAAGAGCAGUUCUCUCUCAGAUGCCCCCCGCCCCCAGCUAAAAAGCAACCCAGGCUUUGUAGCCAAUGAGCAAUGGGGAAAAGACAACAGGGUUAGACACCAGAAUGCCGUGCAGCCCUGCUCUCCAUCCCCUUCUGGAGAAAACCUGAUGCAUGAUCCAGAACUGGGCAAUACUAUUGCAUCAGAACUUUUUGAGCCUUUUUAUUGUGCAAUAAUUUACACAUUUUGUAUUUUUUGUAACUGGACAGCAUGCUUGGUGUGUUUUGGCUACUUAAAGAGAAAAUUGUUCUUAGCUGGAGGAUUUUGGUUGUACAUGUGUUGCUAUUGAUACUUUUGAUUUUUCUCAGCAUAACAAAAAAAAAACAAACAAAAAAAAACAAUAGUUAGUAAUAACCCAAGCUGCAUACAGUACAUACUGUUUUACAUAUCAUGUACAGUUUUGUGUUCAAACAUAGCAGACAGUGUCAUAUUGUCAAAACAUCAAGACAAGCAGGGUCAAACAUAAAACCAAUCUUUGUGAAAGAUUUUCCAUGCAACAUUGAGAUGAGAUAUAUAUCCAUAUGUAUAUAAAAUUGGGCUGCCUAUCAAAUGCUAGGCACUAGUUUAAAUAUUUCUUUUACAAACAUCAAUGAAACUAAACUAAUAAUGUGGUGUGACAUGACGAUAAAGAGUGCCUUGGAUAUUUUACCUGCAAUGGUUAAUUCUCCUUUUUGCUAUAAGCUCGGAGUUUCAGCUAUAAAUGAUUACAAUACACGGGAAGAUGCAGGUCCUUGCAUCAAGCACCUGCACAACCCGUUUUUUUUUUUCCUUUUAACUUUGCAAAACAUAGGGAACCAGCUGAAACAAACCUAGAAAAAAAAUUGAAUUUUGCAUAGCUCUAGUAAAUCAUUUAACUACCUGACUCAUGCAUAUUAAUGCGUUCAUGAUUACAAUUCUGUUUACUAGCAUGUUACAUGCUUAAAAGGGGUCAGAGGUUUCUGGUUUUGGUGUUUGUGUUUGGUACAACUGAAAAAAAAAAGGUACUCUGACAAGUUGUUAUAACCAACAUGAAGCUCUUAAAGGUUCCAGAGUGAUUAUUUUCUUUGAAAAUUAAAAAUGCAAGUGUUAUUUUGUAAGUAGCACAGAUUUGUUUUCCUUCUGUGUUAGCUGUUCAGACUGUAAUUUCAGCAGUCACUCGAAGCUAAAACGGGAUUCAGUUCUGGUAAUUCAAACAGAUUAAAGGUGAAUGAUUUGGUGGGUGGGUUUUAGAGCCUGACAGUAGAUGGACAGUAGAGAUGCACCAAUCACACUUUUCAUGUCUGUUACCUGUUGCUGGUUUUCUUUUGAGGUCUGACCUCCUGAUUCCUAUUUAGACAAAUUCCACUUUUUUUCUCUCUCUCUCAGACCAUUGCACAUAAAAUAGAAAAAAAUGUGCUGUUAAUUCUUUGAGGUAUUAGUUUUGAAUCCAUCUGAAAAGGCAUCAAAUCAUUGAACCCUAAUCUUGAUCAGAUUUAAGAGGAAAGGCAUUAACAGUCUGGCUUAUAGACUGAAAAUGGUUUGAGAAUUUAUGGUGGGUGAGUGGAGAGAAUUGAACAUUUUUCAGUAUUUUACCUGUGGAAAAUUGGCCUCCUCUGGUUUCUGGUCAACUGAUUAAGGCGUCUGCAAUGAUUGGGUUUGACAAGCGUCUGACACAGGAGGCCUUUGGUGACUUUGUAAGGAAGUGUGAGGGUGGGUGAUUGGUAGAAAUCCACCAAUCAGUUUAUUUUCUUCUGGCCAAUACUAAUUUCAUUUUUUUUUUUUUUUUUUUUUGACUAUUUAUCUACAAUUUUGACAGCUCCUAUUUUUUUCUACAGAUAAAAAGCAUAACAAAGAAAAAGUUAUGUUGCAGGCUCUACAGAAUUGAAAAAAGAAAAUGCAGCACUUAUUUCUAUUAAUGCAUCAGAGCACGUGUCUGUAACCCUACAUCUGAUUUCAGUUAAACUAAAAAGAAAAGUGCACCCAAAAACAAGACGUUUAUUGACGAGUUUGUGCACAAAUGGUGCAGAUCUUCAGUAAUUAACUUAUCAGAAAAUUGUUUGAUUUUGAACUCUGGUUGAUGAAUUGGUGCAUCUCUUUUGAUCGAGUUUAACAAGUGUCUCUACAAUUCCAAACACAUUUCUGAUAUAUUUUUGAAACAUUAAAGAAAUCUGAAACAUUUUGCAUCAAAAACUAUUCAAAAAGGAAAUUCAAAUUCUUUAAAAAAAAAAAAAAAAAAAACCCUGUUCAAGGAAGUUUUAUUAAUAAAAAGGUCAAUUAUUUUUAGACAUUUUUCUCCUAAUGGAGGCUGUUUUUCUAUUAUUUUUAUCUCCAUCCUUUGUCAAUGAUGAUGAUAAUAUAGCACUUGUCACUCUGCCUUGGAUUCUGUAUCUGUCUCUCUAAUCGGAGGUACAGUUGGUUGAGUAUAAAAUGAGGACCAGAUUCCAGAUCUGGCGCUACCUUACAUGCACUGUUCAAUUUUCCCAGUUUACAGUUGGGCGCUCAAGGGAAAACUUGCUCUUAUGCUGACAGAUUAGUGUGGUGUCAUUGCUUAGCAUUAAAAUUGACAAAAAAAAAAAAAAAGAGGAAGAGGAAAAAAAAAAAGGUUUUGAUCUAGAGACAUUUGCCAGCCAUGUUUUCUUCUGAGAGCUAAACAGGGAUUUUGCUUUUGGAGGUGUAAAUGCAGGAAUUGCCAUACAAACAUUAAACAUAAUACAACUCAGAGAAGUAAAAUUUGAUUAAAAAAGUAAAUAAAAUCUCUUACGUAACACUUUUUGGGGAGAACCUUAUUUAAUUUUUUUUAAAUUGUUUUCUUUGUUGUUGUUUGUUUAUUGAUGUUUCUCUAAUCUGUCGUGGUAGCAUCCAGGACUUGAUCACUCUGUAAUGAAUUGUGUAAAAAAAAGAAAAAGAAAAAAAACAUGUCUCUCAUCUUUUUGCCUUUACUAUGAAAUAAACGUCUUCAGGUUGAACAAAAAUUUGCAUUGAGGAGAGAUUUAUGAUAUAUAAAUAUAUAGAAGAGAGAACCUAAAAUGCAUAGGAAAAUGCACACUCUUGUAAGUUCCUAUGCUCAAAACACAUCUAUGGUCUACUUUUUUCUUGUAUUUAGAAUGGUAUUUGAAAUUAAUGUUCACUUAGCUUAGGCACUUAUAGUAUUUAUGUUGGAGCUUUUAUUUUUAACUGUUUUGCUUGUACUCUUUAAAGGUUUCAAUGUACUCUUUUUUUUCUGUAGUGAAAAAAAAAAUCCCAACAAGCUGCCACCGUAUAUUUUCUUAAUUU